AUGCUCAGUGACGGCAAAGCAUCACCUUCUGUCGAGUCCGUGGAGUAUCUCUUCGACCUGGGAGCAUUUUCGCGCAAGAUCACCACCUCCAGUCCCGCCUCUCAAGUCUGGUUCAAUCGGGGUCUGACUUGGGUGUAUGCGUUCAAUCACAUGGAAGGUGUUAAAUGCUUCCAAAAGGCCAUCGCGUAUGACCCUAAGUGUGCCAUGGCCUAUUGGGGCAUCGCAUACGCUCUAGGGAAUCUCGCGGUCACUCUACCGGCAACCUAUCAGGCCGUCCAGACUGCCAAGUCGUCGCUCGCUGCCUUCGCCACCCCAGUUGAACAGGGCCUGAUCAAUGCUAUUAGCGUCCGCUUUCUGACCAAACAGGUUGUAUCCGUUUCGGAGCUCGUUACCCACAGUCGAGAAUAUAAGUAUGCAAUGGAAGGCAUAUAUAGGGACUUUGGUGACGAUCUGGAUGUUGUCACGCUCUACGCAGACUCCAUGAUGAGUUUGACGCCGUGGAGACUCUAUGAUGUGGCCACGGGCCAGCCUACCAAGGGGGCAUUCACCCUGGAGAGCAAGGAUGUUCUUGAGCGAGGACUGCAGCUCGAAGAUUCCCUGAAACACCCGGGGCUUCUGCACCUGUAUAUCCAUUUGUCAGAGAUGUCUCCCAAUCCGGAGCGCGCCCUCUCCGUGGCCGAGCAUCUGCGCGAUCUUGUUCCAGAUGCAGGCCACACCCACCACAUGCCGACUCACCUUGAUGUCCUAGUCGGUGAUUACAGGCGAGCAAUUUCAUCAAACAUCCACGCCACUCUGGCCGAUGAGAAAUACGUUGCGGUAGAGGGGCCUAACAACUUAUACAGUCUGUAUCGGUUGCACAACUACCACUCCCUCAUCUACGCAGCCAUGCAUGCCGAUUGGUUAGAAGGGUUCGUUGCGGUGCGUCUACACGUCAUGGUGCGCUUUGGCAUGUGGUGUGAGAUCAUUGCUAUGGCUCUUCCUAAGGAUCAGGGGCUGUAUUGCGUUACCACCGCUACUAUUCAUUACGCCAAGGGUGUCGUGUAUGCAGCCACGAACCAUGUAACUGAAGCAGAGCAGGAACGGAAACUAUACGUCGCCGCGAUCGAGCGGGUUCCCAUUACCCGCCGGACUCACCCUAAUCGGUCCGUCGAUAUUCUCAACGUCGGUGUUGCCAUGCUAGAUGGCGAGAUUGAGUAUCGUCGAGGAGAGCACGAGAAAGUCUUCCAAACCUUGCGGAGGGCCAUCGAACUAGACGACGGCCUGAACUAUGCAGAGCCCUGGGGCUGGAUGCAGCCGGUGCGUCAUGCAUUUGCAGCCCUAUCACUAGAGCAGGGCAAUAUAGAAGCUGCCGGUGAAGCUUACAAGGCCGAUCUGUCUCUCAACUCCACUUUGGGUCGCGCGCAUCACCAUCCUAAUAACGCUCUUCAAGGUUACUAUGAUUGUCUCGUACGCCUCGGUCGGGAUGAUGAAGCCAAGUUGUUGGAGCCUCAGGUGAAAGUGGCUCUUGCAGUAGCCGAUGUUCUCGUGAAGUCGUCGUGUUUCUGUCGACUCAAUACAUCCGAUUGUCCAGAUGUUCGCGUGCUGACCUCCUAUUGUAAAUAG